AUGCCUUUUAUGCAAGAGUGCGUCUUAGAAGAUGGAAAUGAAGAUCGCGGACAUCCCAUAUACGAUGAAAUGCUUUUCCAUCGUCCUUUUUGGAGAGAUGCUCCUAGCCACUUGCAUGUAGACGAGCGUAUGGAUAUCGAACGAAUAGCGUCUUUUCACUUAUCUAAUCCAGGACUGAGAAGAACCGAAUACAACAAGGAGAGAUGUGAAAAUGAAAACUACCAAGAUUAUAAGGGCACAAGAAUUAUCCAAAUUUACCUCGAGAAAGGAUUUCCUAUUGAAGUCCCCUGCUACACCUGCCUGAAAAAUCAAACAGGACUGACUACGGUUUAUUACUUACUUCCUUCUAGGAAUUUUCUGACCGACAUUGAGCUACAUGAAAGAAGGGAAAGGUACACAACUGGAAGAGGCUCUAAUGUUGCAACCCCAGUAAAUUCAUGGCUUCUUCAUCUGAUUGAAAAUCAUCAGUUUGAAAAGGAUCAUGCAUAUGAUGCUCAGUUUGUAUUUGGAGCUGGUCGUGCAUCUGGAGGACAUGCAUCCGGAGAACAACAGCGAAUAUUGGCCGAUGAUUUUGGACAUUUACAGGUUCGGGACAAAAGCUAA